AUGAAUGAGCGAUCAAGAAAAUCUGAUCGAUAUCAUGGAAAUAUAUUCUCUUUAUUUCGUGCGGCAGCAAUGCGUUCGAAAAGUCUUGAAAUUGUUUAUGAUCGUCAUCGACGUCAACCAGGUCACGAAUAUCCAUAUGCAAUAAAAAUGAAACAUUUGAAACCAGCAAAUCAAACAUCUUUCGAUGGUGAUGAUCGUGCAUCAUUACAUAGUGCAGCAACAAUGUAUUCCAAUCAUAAUAUGUCGAUGACAAGUUUAAAUAAUAUUUCAAUGAAUUCUCAUGAUUUUGAAUUACGAAGACGCGAUGUUGAAAAUCCAAAUAAGAAACAUCGAUUUUUUCAUAAACGUAAAACAAAAGAUCAUAGUUCAAAAUCUUCCAUACAACAACAACAAUAUAGUGAUGAUUAUCAUUCAUCAUCAACAGCAACACCAUUACGAACAAAAUCAUCAAAUCAAUUUUUUGGACAAACAUUUGAUGAGCUUAUUAAAAAAUAUAAUAAUCAAAUACCACCGGUUAUUCAACAAUUGCUUGAAGUACUUUAUUACAAAGGACCAGAUACAACAGGCAUAUUUCGUAAAGUAGCAAAUACCAGAUCCGUUAAAGAUGCCAUUGAUAAAAUCGAACGAAAUGUUUUGUUGCCCAAUGAAGAUUUACAUCCUAUAUUAGCUGCUGGAAUAUUUAAACAUUUUUUACGAACAUUACCUGAACCUGUUUUUAACACCAUUCAAUAUGAUAAUUGGAAAAAAUGUCUUCGUCUACCGACAAUACAGGAAAAAAUUUCCUUUGCACGAAAAAAUAUCCUUAGUACACUUUCCGAAUCCAAUCAUCUGUUGUUAAAAGGGUUGAUCUGUAUACUUUAUCGUAUAUCUCAAAAUAGCGAUACAAAUGGAAUGAAUGCAUUUAAUUUGGGUUUGUGUGUAUCGAACAGUUUGUUUAAAACGGAAUCAACAACAAUAGCAUCAGGAAAACAAGAAGCGGAUGUUAUGUCAUCUAUAGUUGAAGUUUUAAUUGUUAAUUGUACAUCGUUAUUUGGUUCUGAUGUUACAACAUGUAUCCUCGAUAAGCAUAUUAUUGUUCAUCACAUACCUAAUCUAACUCGACCAACUGCAUCAUCAAUUGAGAGUCUUGAUGAAGUUGAGUCAUCGCCACAUGUACCUAUUGUUAAUAGAUCUCGUGACUCUGGUUUAGCAACAUCCGAUCAACCAUUCAAUGAUGAUAGCUCAGAAAUAAGUGAACAUUUUCGACGUCAUACAUCUGCUAUUCGUGCAAUUCCACCGAAUUGGACAACCUCAAUUGCUUGUGGUACUGGUACUGUUCUAUCAAGUAUUAUUAUUCCAACAGCCAUUUUAUCUUUAUCGCGUUAUCGAAAUUCGAAAAAUCUCUAUAAACCAUCAAAACAAUUCAUGGCAAGAGACAAAUUAACUAAUGAUACAACGGAUGAUUCAGACCACGAUGAAUUCAAUGGUACAAUUGGAGAUUCAAGUGUACGUUCAUCAACAACAACAGUAAAUAAUAUUUCAAUUGGAAAAAUCAAACGAUCGAAACCAAUACUACGCCAUUCUUCACUGGGCAAUAAUGAAUACUAUCAAAAAUAUCAACAACAAUUAACAAAAGAAGCAAAACGUGUAACAGCCAAUGAUGUUAAACGUGCAUCAUCACUAAAACAAUUUCACCAUGGAUCGGAUGAAGCUGAUGAUGAUGAUGAACAAAAUAAAACUUUAAACGCUAAUACUAAUAACAAUAAUAAUAGUAGUAUAAAAAGAAAAACAUCAAUAAAUACGAAGAAAAAUGAGCAAAUAUUAACUUCGACACCAGUAACAAAUAGUAGAAAUUUAACCAAUGAGCGACGAUCAAAAUUAGUGAAAUCCAAAACUACAAAUAGUGACGAAGAAUCUAUGACGACUAGAUCAAUACAACUUGAGCAACAGGAUUUAGAUUUAACAACUGAAUCAUUAAGUACAAUUAAUCAACGCUAUACAAACAUCUCUGCAACACGUUCAGCGUCAUUCAAUAUAGCCACAACAGCAAAAAAAGUCGAUUCACCAUCAUCGUCAUUGUCAAUUGCACAACCAUUACAAGCAUGUGUAUCCAUCGAUCGUCAUACUCGACAACCAACUAGUACAACCGACGGUCGCUCUCGACAUAAUGGCCCAUUGGCAGCAACUACGAAUCAAAUCUAUACUACCUCUCGUAAUGAACAUCACAGUCAAACAAAUACAAACGCAUCAACAAAAUCAGAACGCGAUCGAACAUUUAUUCAUCAUUCCGAUUGUCGACCAUUUAAACUUGGCACAGCAAUACAAAUGAAACCAAUUGACGAUAUAUUAUUAUCGUCGAAUGGACGAUGUCGUCCAUGUCAUCGACAAAAUGCUUUGAGAUAUAAAUCAAUUGCGCAAGAACUUCACAGCGAAAGACACUCACGGCAAUCAACACCAAUUCCAACUAAUCAAAAUCGUUUAUACUCAAAUGAACAUCCUCCAACAAAUAUAACACGUUAUCAAUCUAUUGAACGACGUGUUACAACACCAACAGCACAACCAACUAAACCAUUAACAUUUGAUAUUAAUGAUGAACAACUUCGAUCGUCUGAUAUAUCAUGGUCAGUACGUGAAAAAGCGAAAUUAUUUGAACAUAUAAAUCAUAAGAAAUUAUCAACAGGUCGUGAAAAUUACGUGUGA